AUGAUUCACACCGCAGUUAAGCUGUCACGAGCUGGGGCUACCGUUGCUCGAACCGCCAAGCUCGGGACCUCCCUCCUUCAACGAUCACCACAGUCCAGACUAGUUCACGAUGGGAUCAACAACUCAAACGCCAACCCUGUUGCUCUUCAGAUGAUCAACUACGCUCUCUCUCAUGCCAGGUCCCAGAAAUCAGAUGAAUCGUAUGCACAAGGUCUACUUGUAUUGGAACAGUGCCUUUCGACUCAGCCAAGUGAAGGGCAGGACCCUGCUGGUGAUAAUUCAAGGGGAAUGGUUUUAUUGGCCAUGUCCACUUUAUCAUCUGAAAGUGGAAAUUUUGAUGAAGCAAUGGAUAAACUGCAAAAAGUUCAAGACUUGACCAGCUCUUCAAUUGGUGUCAGGGUUGCCGCCUUGGAGGCUCUUGUUGGACUUCACUUAGAGUUGGAGCAGGAUGAUACCUCAUCAGUGCUCGCAGAUAAAUGCUUAGAACUGUUGGUGAAGAACGAACCUGGAUCUAAUGGUGGAGAUUCUGAGGUUAUACAUGCUCGUGCUAGAGCAGUAAAAGGGCUUGUUGAGCUUGUUCAUGGUAAUACUGUGUCAGCUGAGUCUUUCUUUCGAGGACUUAAGGACAACCUGGAAAUCACCGGUAGUGCUGCUUUAUCCUAUGGAGAAUUCUUACAUGCGUCACAGAAAUUUUCAUUGGCAAAGGAUGUCUACCAGAAUGUUAUUCAAGGGGGGUCCAAGAAUAAAGAGUUCAGUAACUCAAAUGCAUUGGCAGCCUGUAAUAUGUCACCAGAGGAAGUUUCCCUUGCUGCUACAUGUGCUUUGGGACAGCUUGAGGCUCACUUGGGGAACUUUGCUGAUGCCGAGGAGAUAUUGACUAGGGCUUUAACCAUAACAGAGGAACAUUUUGGCUCUCACCAUCCCAAGGUUGGUGUUGUUUUAACCUGCAUAGCUCUCAUGUUUCGGCGUAAAGCAAUGCUAGAGCAUUCUAGUGCUCUUUUGAUUCAAGAGGGCCUUUAUAGAAGGGCGAUAGAGUUGCUGAAAGCUCCACCAUUUGAGACCAAAGGUACUGAAGCAAAGGUAGAUAGAAGUGAUAUAGUGGCCCUUGCAAGAGGCGGGUAUGCAGAAGUACUUUGUGUCCAACAGAACCGAAAGGAUCAAGGAGAAAAAGAGAAGAGUUGGGCAGAGGCUAUAUGGAGAAAUCGCAGGCUGUCAUUGGCCCAAGCACUGGACAUAUCUAAUACCAAUUCAGAAGUUCCAAUUAUAGAUGCUCGAAUCAGCAGGGUCCUGUAA